GGAUGAUGUGUUGUAAGUCCUGAGUCACGAGUGGUGGGUAUGAAUGCACCGCACAUACCACACACCAGCCUUCAUCAUCCUGCCAGGCCAGCUGUCGUCGCCGCUCUUUCACAAAGUGCUUUCCUUCUCUACUCGACCUCAGCUUCACCCCUCUCAAUUCUCUGCCACUCUCUCGAUCAGUCGACCCAUCUUUGCGCGCACGCUCCCCCCCUUCCGCUUCCUCUCUUGCCUCUAUCUGCCGCCCCACCUUUAGGCCCGCGCGUUCAUCUUAUAACAAGCUUAGCUGCCUGGUCGCCUUGUCUGCGACAGACGACUGAAACAUGGCGACGACGGUCGCAAGCAGUGUGAACCCAUCUGCGGAUGCAACCGCAGCGCAAAGCUCCCCGGCUGGCCUGGAAAGGAGUGAGCAAAGCAAGGCAGACGAGAUGGGGCAAAGCAUGCAGAAAGAAGGAACUCUGAUGACCCAAGAGCAAAGCGUAAGGGCGGCUGAGACGCCGAAUGCAGGGCUGCAGGAGCGUCCAGCUGAGGAAGAAAGCAUGGAAACUCUGGCGGAGACGCCGAACGAGGGCACUUUUCCAACUCAGAGUACGCCUUUGAGCUCCAAAGCGGAAGUGCUCGAGGACGCUGGCGCUACGCAGGCUCGUAUGGGUCCUGCAAACACCAGACAGGCCUCGGACUCCCCUCUGAUCACGCAGAUGGCCCAGACGAUGCUGGAUGGUAGUCCCUCGCAAAAUAACCACACACCGCUACCGCAGUCCGCCUUCUCUACCACUUCUAGCAGCGGCACCAACGAGAUCCCUUCGUAUCUCUUGGCUUCGCCUGCGUCUGCGCUUUCCAGUUCUCACUACACUCCGCUCACAUCCUCGGGGUUCAAGAGUCACAAUCAUCCAUUGUUGGAUCAGUCGCCUCUACCCGCGACGCCAGCUGCCGGUCUGGCUCUGAGCGGGGCAGCUCAUCGAGGCUCUCACCCCGGUCCUUCGGCCACUUCGAACGCGAGCGGAGCCUCUGCAGCUGCGGCGCACCAAUUCCUGUCGCAGACAGGCAGGCGCCCUUCAAUGACGUCCAGCACAUCGAGCAAAUCUUUGGCGCCUUUGUUGGAAGGCGCAGAGGCCCAGUAUCCUUCGCCUAGCGGAGGGUUUGUGCCGCCUCGCGUCGAAGAGAGGUGGAGCCUGGGCCCGGUACCCACCAAGGUGGCACCUAGUGGCGUAAGCUCUGCCGCUCCAACUUCUGCCGGACAGGGUACGCAGGAUGAUGCGGUGGCUCAAAUUGAACAUAGCGAAGCGAGGAAGGCAGGUGCUACUUCUGCAGAAGCAUCAACUUCAAGCGCACUCUUGCCAGAUGGCCCUACCUCUCAGACUGGGACUGGAAACAGACCUCUGUCUACCUACUCCACUACAUCGGCGGCUUCGGGAUCAGGACGUCGGAGUAGCAGGUCGGGUGGACCUCCUACUCGGCCUCCAAGCUUGCCUCCUUCCGAUGCCGCAGCAGGGAUCCAAGCCUCGGGUCUCUCCAGCUCGUCGAGGCCCGGGUCGCGCAGAACAAGUCGGGUACUGGACGGCGGUACAUCAGGUGCCAGUCCGAAAGGUCUCCGACCUCUUUCGACUCACGCGCCGGGCACGUCUGGCGAGAGCAGGAGGAUGAGCACUUCGGCCUCCCCGAGCGGGGCCGCGUCCAAUCUAGGAAGCAGCCCGCUUCGACAUUCGCGCGUCGUCUUGCCGCCGGCUGCCACAGUCGAGUCUCCUGAGACCGAAGCGCAGAGUGCGCAGCAGAAAGGAGGAUCUAUCGAGAGCGGAUCGAGGGAUUCCCAAAGCGCAGGCACCUACCCUCCGCCAAAAAGAGCAUCUCGAAGAGAAUCGCAGCAAACGGACGAGGAUGCUUUGGCAGCCGUCUCUUCCGGACGCUCGGCUAGCCCUGCCCCUCGUGCCGAUCUCUCGCGACGAACGUCGAAAGCGGAAACGUUCGCUCGUCAAUCGGUCACACUGUCCAUGCUGCGGAUCAGAGACUUUGGAUUUCCAGAGGAAGAUCCUCGGCAUUUUGGAGCAAGAGACGUGUCUGCGCCUCAACAGGGCGGCAGAGGCGGUGCGGGUGCGGGUGCGGGUGCGAGCGCAAUGUUUGCAGGAGAGGCGGGAGAGGAGGAAGAGAGCGCGUGGCCGAAUGCGGACGCCUCUACGAUGUCGGACGAAGAAGAGGAGGAGGAGGGCAACGAUGGUGGGCUACGACCCGGUAUUUAUUCCGCAGCGUACGAUUUCCAGGCCGAGUCGGAGCACGAAUUGACGGUGGUUUCGGGCACCAGGGUGAGGGUUGUUGGAGCGCUGGAAGGGGGCUGGGCUAUUGCAGAGAUUUAUGCAGAGAACAAGCAGGGCGAUGUGACGGGUCAGGAAGAAGAGGGAACGAAGAGGGGUCUCGUACCUGAAGCCUACCUGGAGUGGUUAGAGGAGGAUACUUGAGAGGGUCUAGUGAUGACAGAGACGUUUCCCUGGCAAUUUAAGCGGCACCGCAGUCGCUUCUUGCGCAAUCGAGUACUGCAACCAGCAGCCCUGUAAUGGUCAUGCUUAUCCCUCUUGACCUCACCACGCAUCGAACGUGAUCCUGAGCGAUCGUCUGCGAGCAUUGCGGGCAAAUGAGCAAGAGCGUGGCAUACAGAAAGCGAGCUGCAUCAUCAUCUGCGCCUUGCAUAUCCUUUUGCUCAUAACGGGCUCGCCGGUUCGUGGCGCCCUAGAGUGUGUAGCACAGGAAGAGUCUCAACGGUGCAAAAUCGGGCGUGCUAUCUACGCGAAAUUAAACCACGCCCCAACACCCCACAAAACGAGCUGCAAAUGUACGACGGGAG